AUGACCCAACGAAUUCUUCCACCAAUUCUGGAGUCUCCUUUGGAUGUAAGGGAAAAGUCAGCACACUCAACAGUGAUUGUUGCUGCGUGUAUGGAUCGCAGUAGCACAUUGAAAAUUGUACUUCGCAGUUGGCUUUCAGUUAUUGACGUUACUGAAGUUAUCUUAGUCGAUUGGAGUUCAAACCCUCCACUAGUACAGUUGUUUCCUGACUUGCUCGGUGAUUCUCGCCUAAAGAUUAUAACUGUUCAAGGCGAAAAGAAAUGGGUUCUAUCGUGGACUUACAAUUUAGCUGCAAAAUUAGCUCCUAAUGGGUCAUUUAUGCUCAAAGUUGAUUGUGAUACAACUCUUGCGCCUGAUUUCUUACUGUGGCAUUCAUUAAAAAAGGGUAUGUUUUAUGCUGGUAAUUGGAGGCUGAUAGAAACAGAAAAUUCAAAGCAUCUCAAUGGUAUAUUCUAUAUUGAAACCGUUUAUUUCCAAGCAAUUCACGGUUUCGAUGAACGUAUUCAGACGUAUGGCCAUGAUGAUACUGAUCUCUACAGCCGUUUGAAUGAGUCUGGUUUAGAUUUAGUACCUUUUGAUAAGACCAAAGUCUACCAUUUAGAUCAUCCACCUAAUUUACGAUUGUCCAAACAGCCCAUUCAUGAUGCAUCCUUUGAAAUUGAAAAAAAUCGAUUUCUUCGAAGUUUUGUUCUUGCUUGGAAUAGAAGCAACAAAAAGGUUUCAUUUCAUAUCCAAGCUGAUAUUAGUGUACGUAAUCAUUAUUUAGCUACGAGAACGUCUAGUGUCGCUUCGAUUGAGUCAACGAUACCACAACAUACUAGAGAAUAUGUUGAGAGACGAGCUGCUCAAAGUGUUCUACGAGGAUGCCGUGUCCCAUGGAAAGGUCUUACCGUGCCUACAGCAUAUAUGAUUAAAAUGAUUCCAUCGUACAGAAACGAAAGAAUGUUGGUCGUUCAUGUUCAAUAUGGUCUUGGAAAUCGUCUCAGAGCGAUGGCUUCUGGGAUGGCUAUCAGUAAUAGAACAGGACGACACUUUCGUUUAAUAUGGCAACCGGACGAGCAUUGUAACGUUCGCUUUCAAGAAUUAUUUUCUAACGAAAUUGACGUCUGGGAUGAAUUUGAGUCAAACGAAACCAGCGGAGCAAAUUUUGAGCGUUAUAACUAUAUGGAAUCUAAAAUCGGAGGAGUCAAUGGUCAAAUAAUUGAGACAGACACUAUGAACCAUAUUUACGUGAAGACAGCCUACAAGCUUAACCACCCUGAAGUAAAACCAAAGAUUAUGCGCCAAGUUUUAUCAGAAUUACGACUGCAACCACAUAUUACCGCAAUGGUUGAUUUUUUGAGCAAAAAAUCAUUCAUUGGAGUACAUAUACGAAAUGCAGAUCCGAGAAAAGAGAUUCCCGGUAUUUCCGAUCACGCUUAUUCUGAUAGUGAGUGGAAGAGACUUGAAAGUUGGCGACAAUCUACCAAUAUUUCAAUAUUUGAGGAUGAAAUCAAUCGUAUUCUUGAAAAGAAUUCACAGCAAUAUUUCUUUCUAUCUGCCGAUUCCGAGAAAACAAUAAACGCAAUGAGAAACUUAUUUAAAGAGCGCAUUCUAUUCCUUGAAAAUCACGCCUGUAACAACCGAAGCCGACAAUGUAUGUUUUUUGCUGCAGCUGAUCUAUGGAUAUUAAGCAGUGCAAGUGAAAUUCUUGGAAGUCCCUACAGUGCCUUUUCAGAAGUUGCUGGCCUAUUUCGAAAUAGGACGACGAGAUACGCUGGCAUUGAUUUUCCUUAUACCGAGUCAGAUCAUAAAACGAGGCCACAACUAUCUGGACGAGGUGAUGGCGUCGUUUAUAUUGGCUAUCAUUCAAAUAAUAAUUGGAAAGAGUACAAUUUACUAGAAUCUAUAACGUCUCUACAUCGUGUUUACAAAGGUGAGAUACCCAUAGUCAUAUUUCUUGAUGACGAUACACAUUUAAAUAAAUCAUACCAGCAUCUAUUUCGGCACAUUUAUCAUGUCAACAUAUCGCAUACAACUCGAGGUGCAAAUGCAGAAAAUACUGUAUCAAAUUCUGAUAAAGAGAAAAAAUUAAUAAUAUCUGAUGGCCUAAGAAAGAUCCAGCAACUUUCGAAUUCUCCGUUUGAAAUAACUCUCUAUGUCGAUGGAGACACAUGGUUUUGUGGCGUACUUGGAAACUUAAGUCAAAUACUCGGGGAUCGUGAUAUCCUUAUUUCGAAUGAUGUCCAUCAUAAAUCGAAAACGAAAUCGACCUGGAAUAGUGGUGUAAUUUUGUAUAGAAAUUCUCCUGUAGUAAUUAAUUUUUUUAAACUGUGGGAAAAACUUUAUCUUCAAGAGUGUACUUCAUCUGAAAUUAACCAGAUGGAUAGCUGUGGGCUUAGUUCAGCACUUGAGUUGUCUACCAUGGUACGGUAUAGUAGUCUAGAUGCAGUAUACAGCUUCCGUUUGGGCAGUGAGAAUCAGAUGGGUUCCGGUGGGAAACCAGAGAAAAGUCGAACUCAACUCGUUAGCUGGCCUGUAAGAAUUGUCCAUACAAGCAAUUUACCUUCACAUAAACAAGCUGAAAUUUGUCGUUUUGUCAACGAAAAACCUCUUAAGCCACGUAUUUUGGGACUAACACCUAGUAACGAACUUACAAUGUAUUAUAAAAAGGCCGAUUGUGACCAAGGAACCGAAAAUAACUGUAAUACCAAUGUUUUCUGA